UUCAUUGUAGGAAAUAAAAGCACACAAAAACCUUUUAUCUAGAAAAAAAAUUUCCGCAACUUAUUUGAGUAGUUCUUAUCUUACUCAUAGAGGAGUGAGAAAUUCUAGUUGUAGAAUGAGUCAAGUAAUGCGUGUUUUACUACUACUGUGUCUUCUGAUCAUUUGUUCGGAGCAAGCAAGUUUGAUAUCAUCAUGGGAAUAUGAUCAAGAUCCUAGGGAGUUACACAUGGGGAAUCGUUUAUCCUCUGCAAGCAGCUCGCUACUCAAAAAGGAUUUAGUGAAGCCUCCCGGUCAAGAAACAUCCUAUCAAGCUCAAUGUUAUUCGAACACAUCACCCUCAGAUGAGCUUCUUGGUGCCAUGGCAACAUUUGAUGUAUAUGGGUUCCCAAAUUUGAACAAGGACCAAGUAAGCUCAGCAGAUUUAGCGGUACUAAAUGAGCAACGCCAUGAUCUUACUGACGGAAAUGCUUUAUUUGCCGGAUGGAUGGUCAACCCGGUCAUCUCUUCAUGGUGACAGCAAAACACAUUUUUAUACAGCGUGGACGGUUGAUAAUGGUGUCUCGACAGGAUGCUAUAAUCUGGACCGUGAUGGUUUUGUACCUGUAAACAAUUCCCCUAUAACUCCUGGAGAUAUUUUAGAGCCAACUAAUGGCACUCUGAGUAUCACAAUCAAGAUAUUUAAGAAAAAAGAUGAUGGUGACUGGUGGUUGUACUUUGGACAUGAUAAUAACAAUCUUAGCCCUGUAGGAUUUUGGUUGAGCAGUGUUUUAACCAAUUUGGCUGACCAUGCAAACGUCAUAGCAUGGGGUGGCUACACCUACACACAAUCUACUACUCCCUCCUUCCCUAAAUGUUUGACACCGUUGACUUUUUUAAACAUG